AUGUUAUCUAAAUUUCUUUUGGCGUCGGCUGCGACCCUCGUGGCGCUCUCUGGUCUGACCAAUGCCCAGACAAACAUCACCGAGAAAGACUGCGCCUCCACAUCCGAGUACUCGAAGUGCAACAGGGAUGUCGCGGACAAGUGGAGCUCCUGUCUUCGAGGCUGCAACGGCAAUGGUAACUGUGCCGUGGAUUGUGGCUGCGAGUCCCACCAGAAGUAUAUUAACUGUAUGGCGGAGUCGUGCUGGAACCAGGUCUACUCCUGCAAAUACCAGCUCUUUGUCCAGCAGUACUUCGCCGUCUGCCCCAGCGCCAAAGAACCCAUCCCCUUCUGGCCACCACCAGACAACGCACCAAACCGCUGCUCCUGCGAUCUAGGAAAGGUCACACAAACAACUCUAUCAUCCCGUAACCAACAGAUCAAAUGUAUGCGCGAUGUCACCGACAAACUCACCUCCGACAUUGGCAACAUCGCAGAUCUAUCGAACCUAAACCACGGUCUCGAUAUCGCCAACCGCGCUUCCGACUGUGCCUGCUGCGGAGCCAGCGCUAGUAUCUCCGCAUCCUGGGAUAUCUGCCCACACACCGAACCCACCCUUGCUGGCGCAGACAUGUGGGGAGUCUUCUUCCCCUCCGAUCUACCAAAUCUAUACACCUCCCUACCAAACUGGGCAUGGUCGUCAUGCGACUCCACUCUGGAGGACAAGAAGUGCAAGGACCUUGGUUUCACGGACGCGGACAAGUUCUAUAAGCCCGGCGAUCUUCCUAAGAACGGUACAUCGACAUUGUACGAGGUCGGCGGUACGCUUACAGCUCCUCCUAGCGGUACUGUUCUCGUUUGGUCCCAGUCUUCGACUACUUAUACCGUUAGUGCGACUGGGUAUGACCGAAAGGCUGUGGCCAGUCAGAGCGAGUACCGUGCUACGGCUACCGGGAGUGAUGCGGCGUUUGCUACGCACACUUCUGAUAGUGGUGCUGGAGCUUUGAGAAAUGGUGGUAUUGGUGCGGUUGUGGCUGCUGUUUUUGCAGUUGUUGUGCUGUAA